AUGAAAAUAAUGAUCCAGCUGAAUGAAACCUCAGGGAGCCAGGUAACUGCAUUCAUUCUCAUGGGCAUCACAAACCAUCCUGAGCUGCAGUGUCCCCUCUUUGUUUUGUUUUUCCUCAACUACAUGGUCACAGCACUUGGAAACCUGGGCCUGAUCAUCCUAACCAGUGUGGAUUCCCACCUCAAAACUUCCAUGUACUUUUUCCUCAGGCAUCUGGCAUUUGUUGAUUUUGGUUAUUCCUCAGCUAUUGGGCCAAAAAUGUUGGUUAGCUUCAUAAAGGAGAAAAAUAUGAUUUCUUAUCAUACAUGUGCAGUACAACUAUUUUUCUUUGGGAUAUUUAUUGUCAGUGAACUUUUUAUCCUAUCAGCCAUGGCCUAUGACCGCUAUGUGGCUAUCUGUAAGCCUCUCUACUAUAUGGUCAUCAUGUCAGACAGGGUAUGUUGGCUCUUGGUGGCUAUCUCUUACCUCUAUAGCAUCAUGGUAUGUCUGGUAAUUACAACUGAGACUUUUACAUCAUCUUUCUGUGAAUCAAAUAUAAUAAGAUAUUUCUACUGUGACAGUCUCCAUCUAUUGUCCAUUGCAUGCUCAGACACAAGUGAGGCUGAACAAAUCAAUAUAGUCUUUGCCUCACUUAAUUUGGUUUCUUCCCUCUUGAUUAUCCUGGUUUCCUACAUGCUCAUUCUUGUGACCAUCGUCAGGAUGAAUUCACCUGAGGGAAGGCACAAAGCCUUCUCCACCUGUGGCUCUCACCUCACAGUGGUGGCGGUGUUCUAUGGGACACUUCUCUUCAUGUAUCUACAGCCCCAAUCUAGCCACUCCUUUGACGCAGACAAGGUGGCCUCUGUGUUUUACACUCUGGUUAUCCCCAUGAUUAAUCCCUUGAUCUAUAGCAUGAGGAACAAAGAGGUGAAAGGUGCCUUGAAAAGAGUCUUUAAAAAAUUAUGUAAGUUUUCUCUGGAAUGA